AUGGGGGGCUGGGAAGGCGGCAUCCGCGUCCCGGGGAUCUUCCGGUGGCCUGGGGUGCUGCCAGCCGGCCGAGUGAUCCACGAGCCCACCAGUCUGAUGGAUGUCUUCCCCACCGUGGUCGAGCUGGGGGGCGGCCACGUGCCCCAGGACAGGGUGAUCGAUGGCCGUAGCCUGGUGCCCUUGUUGCAAGGGACUGCCGAGCACUCAGCACACGAAUUCCUGUUUCAUUACUGCGGGAAGUAUCUGCACGCAGCACGCUGGCACGAUAAAGACAGCGGAAGACUCUGGAAGGUUCACUAUAUGACACCGCGAUUCCACCCCGAGGGGGCGGGGGCCUGCCACGGCCAAGGUGUGUGCCCCUGCUCCGGGGACGGCGUGACCCAGCACAGCCCGCCUCUGCUCUUCGACCUGUCCAGGGACCCUUCGGAGACGCGGCCCCUGUCCCCUGGCUUGGAGCCCCGGUACCACGCGGUGCUGGCGCGGGUGCACGAGGCGUUGGAACGGCACAGGAGGACCCUGAGUCCUGUGCCCCCCCAGUUUUCCCUGGGCAACAUCGUCUGGAAACCGUGGCUGCAGCCGUGCUGCGGAACCUUCCCCUUAUGCGCGUGCACGCAGGACGGAGACCCCAGCGAGGCGUGA